CUGUAGAUUAUCAUUUAUUUAUUUUUGUUUUUGUUGUUAGAAUCUCCCAACUCACCCGGGAGAAAGUUUUGGGAUUUUACUCUUUUGCUCUGUGCUUCCCCCCCCCCCCCCUCCCUACCAGCUGCACAUGCGUGGUGGUGCUUUGUGACCUGCUCCAUGCAUCUUCCUCCUGGGCCCGUUUCAACUAUUUAUUUAUUUAUUUAUAUUUAUUUAUGAUGUAUUUAUUGAAGGUGCUGCUGAGCGUGGCGGUGCUGGCCAUGUUGUUGUGUCAGGGCUCGUGCUCGGGCGUGUUCGAGCUGCGCCUGCAGGAGUUCCUCAACAAGAAGGGCGCGCAGGGCAACAAGAACUGCUGCGGCGGGGGGUCCUCGUCCUCCUUGUCGUCAUCUGCGCAGCAGUGCGCCUGUCAGACCUUCUUCCGGGUGUGCCUGAAGCACUACCAGCCCAACGCGUCGCCCGAACCGCCGUGCACCUACGGCGGCGCCGUGACGCCCGUGCUGGGCGCCAACUCCUUCCAGGUGCCCGACAUCAUCCCGGAAAGCUCCUUCAGCAACCCCAUAAGGAUCAACUUCGGGUUCACUUGGCCGGGGACCUUCUCGCUCAUCAUCGAGGCACUGCACACUAACUCCAAAGACGACUUGUCCACAGAGAACCCGGAGCGCGUGAUCAGCACCAUAAGCACGCAGCGCCACUUGACGGUGGGCGAGGAUUGGUCGCAGGACCUGCACACGGCCGGCCGCACGGAGCUCAAGUACGCGUAUCGCUUCGUGUGCGAUGAGCAUUACUACGGCGACGGAUGCUCCGUUUUCUGCCGGCCCCGCGACGACGCCUUCGGCCACUUUACGUGCGGAGAGCGCGGCGAGAUCGUGUGCGACGCCGGAUGGAAAGGGCAAUAUUGCACCGAGCCAAUCUGCCUGCCAGGCUGCGACGACGAGCACGGCUUCUGCGAGAAACCCGGCGAGUGCAAGUGCCGGGUGGGCUUCAAGGGGCGCUACUGCGACGAGUGCAUCAGAUACCCGGGCUGCCUCCAUGGGACGUGCCAGCAGCCCUGGCAGUGCAACUGUCAGGAGGGUUGGGGGGGCCUCUUCUGCAACCAAGACCUGAACUACUGCACGCACCACAAGCCGUGCAUGAAUGGAGCCACUUGUAGCAACACGGGCCAGGGCAGCUACACCUGCUCCUGCAGGCCCGGCUUCACAGGCGCCAGCUGCGAGCUCCAAGUCAACGAAUGCGCUGGGAACCCCUGCCGCAACGGCGGCAGCUGCACUGACUUGGAGAACACGUACAGGUGCGAAUGCCCUCACGGUUUCUAUGGCAACAACUGCGAGCUGAGCGCCAUGACGUGUGCCGACGCGCCGUGCUCCAACGGCGGCCGCUGCAGCGACAACCCCGAUGGCGGCUAUUUCUGCCAGUGCCCUACCGGAUACGCCGGUUUCACCUGCGAGAAGAAGAUCGACCACUGCACCUCUGGGCCCUGCUCCAACGGUGCUCGUUGCGUGGAUCUGGUUAACUCAUACCUGUGCCAGUGCCCGGACGGCUUCACGGGCAUGAACUGCGACCACACCGGUGACGAGUGCUCCUCGUACCCCUGCCAGAACGGCGGCACCUGCCAGGACAGCGUCCGCGGCUACACCUGCACCUGCCCGCCGGGCUACACGGGGCGCAACUGCAGCUCCCCCAUCAGCCGCUGCGAGCACAACCCAUGCCACAACGGCGCCACCUGCCACGAGAGGAACAACCGCUAUGUCUGCGCCUGCGUCCCGGGUUAUGGCGGACGCAACUGCCAGUUCUUGCUACCUGAGCACGCCGCCAUCCGAGGCACCGAGGUGCCCUGGAUGGCAGUGGGGUCCGGGGUUGCUCUGGUGCUCCUGCUUCUGGCGGGGUGUGCCGUGCUCGUCGGAUUCUUCCGCUCCAAAGUCCAACGUGAUGGCCCCGGGGAAGUGGGCGGCGAGGGCGAAACCAUCAACAACCUGACCAAUAACUGCCAACGUGGCGAGCGGGAUAGCGUGGUGGUGCCAACUCCGGGAGUGAAAAACAUCAACAAAAAGAUGGACUUGUGCAGCGGGGGGGAUCCUGAUGAGGGGGCGGCACCGGGGCGGCGGAGCUACAAGAGCAGGCCGCCGCCCGCCGACUACAACCUGGUGCGCGAAGUCAACUACGAGCAGGCGUCCAAAGACGCCAUGUUGGAGGCGGCCUGCGAGGACAAGUGCCAAUCCCUGGACUCGUUUGAGUUUGAGGAGAAACACAGCAAACGCUUAAAAUGUGACACGUCAGAAAAGACUAGCCCAGAAACGUCUGCAUGUGCGGACAACAAGUACAAAUCUGUGUUUGUCAUGUCGGAGGAGAAGGACGAAUGUAUAAUUGCAACUGAGGUGAGUUCUUCUUGUUGAAGUUCUUCUAGUAGCUAUGCUUCCACUCCAUGAAACACAGAUGUGAAGCAGUUGUCAGACAGUUCUUAUUGUUCAGUGAUUGACCGGAAAGUAACAUUUUCACCGCUUUUUCCGGGAACUGCUUCACAUCUGCAUUACAUGGAGUCGAAACAAAGCUAUUAGAGGAAUAUUUGGUCCUGGGCUGGAACGGCAGUUCACAGGUGUUGUUGAACUCCAUGUAACACAGAUGUGAAGUAAGUGUAGGGAAACAGUGCGUUUAGCGAAUGAUAGCAAUGCAAAAUCGUCAAUUAUUUUUCACUUAAGCACAUUAGCGUCAUAUCUAUGUUGCAUGGAGUCCACCAACUUCUGCCACAACUAUUGGGACUACAUUUCCCAAUUCUUUAGAUAGCUUCACUUUGACUCCACGCAACACGGAUGUGAAACAGAGCGACUACAACCAACAACUGCUUCACAUCUGUGUUGCAUAGAGUCAAAACCAACUUGCAGCAGCUGUGAAUUAUUCCAGCCCCUUGAACUACUUUUCACAAUUCCCCCAAUAGCUUAACCUUGACUCAGCCACUUGGAUGUCAAGCACUUCUGAGAAAUGACAAUUCUGCAGCUGUUUUAAAAAAAUAAAUAAUUCCCUAACGCUGGUGUAUCUUGCAGGUGUAAAGGGGCCGGCGACGGGCUCGCUCAUUUUGCUGUAUGGGAGAAUUUUUAUGCUCCUGGAUGAGAUGCUGCUCUAAGCUCGCUGCUGCUGAGACCUUUGACUGAUAUUCAGACUGAGCUGGUUCUCGACUGGAAACUUUGGUGGCCUGCGGGAUCGGAACUGGCGGGGUCAUGUAAGGGGAAAAAAUGUCAAGUUUACGGUUAAACGUGAACGGCCACUUAGCUUUCUGUUCUGCCUCUUUGUCUGGCAUUGGGGGGUACAAAUGAAGAAAAAUAUUAAAUGGAAGGUAUGAAAAAUGAUGAAAAAAAAAAAAAAAACAGGCACCAAUAUAGGAUUUUUUUUUGUUUUGUUUUUGUUGUUGCUGCAACAUUUGCACCCAGGCCUUUUUCUCGAACCCAGGAACCGCAUCAAACGGGGGAUGUUUGGCCAUACUGGCCUCUUCGUAAAAAAACAAAACAAAAACAAACAAAAAAACAAGAGUGGUCGCUCUAUGAACUUUGAAGUUUUUUGCCCUUCAAACUUCCAGUGACAAAAGUAUUGUUGUCCUCUUUUUCCUCCCAACGCUUUCUCACGCAGAUUGUCCUUUUUGUAACAUAUAGAGAAAAAGAACAAGAAAAAGUUAUGAUUUAAUUUAAGUUAAUUUAAGCAUUUUGUGUUAUUCUUAUUUUGUAUUGUAUAUUUGUGCUUGUUUGUCAGGAUUAUUUAAAUUGCUUUCUUUUAACGGAUAAUGAUAUUUGCAAAGGCACUUCAGGUCAAUGGGAAACAAAAAAAAAGUUAUUUAAGAGGGAUUGUGCUGUACAUUGUAUUUUUCUGCUCUUUAUCAAUGAAGGAAUUAGCCAAGACUAUUUUUCCAAAUAAAAAAAAAGAUGCUC